UUAAAAACAGUCGUUACCAACGAGAAUGGAAGUGUUUGUACUCCAGCUGCUGUCGAAGAAAAAGUUGUUAUUUCUGCCAGAUGUCUUGGUGGUUCACAUGCAAAUGUAACUGUGACACCUGAAAGUAUUAGUAGUUGUUCUAAUGGGGAUUGUGUAGAAGUCGCUUUAGUGUUACGAUGUGCAGAAGAAAUAACAACAAUACCAGACCUAACGACCGAUGGAGAAAUGGGUUGUAUCCAUAUACAGGCUUGCGCGAAUAUGGAUUGCACUGAGUAUAUUCCAUGGCAGGAAAUAACUGUGUUUGAUGUUUCGAGAGAGUUAUUAAAAACAGUUGUUACUAACGAGAAUGGUAGUGUUUGUACUCCUGCUGCUGUCGAAGAAGAAGUUGUUAUUUCUGCCAGAUGUCUUGAUGGUUCACAUGCAAAUGUAACUGUGAUGCCUGAAAGUAUUAGUAGUUGUUCUAAUGGGGAUUGUGUAGAAGUCGCUUUAGUGUUACGAUGCGCAGAAGAAGUAACAACAAUACCAGACCUAACGACCGAUGGAGAAAUGGGUUGUAUCCAUAUACAGGCUUGCGCGAAUGUUGAUUGUACUGAGUAUAUUCCAUGGCAGGAAAUAAUGUAAGU